AUGCAGACAGGAGUUGGACCAGAGGGCCAGGUGGGCUUGCGUCAGAAGGCAAAGAGUCUGUCAGGCUGUCUGAUCACAGAGGAAGGCUGUACCUCUCUGGCCUCAGCGCUGAGAUCCAACCCCUCCCAUCUGAGAGAGCUGGACCUGAGCUACAACCAUCCAGGAGACUCAGGAGUGAAGCUGCUGAUGGAUGGACUGAAGGAUCCACACUGGAGACUGGACACUCUCAGGUUGGAACAUUGUGGAGAGCAGUGGCUGGAACCUGGUCUGAGGAAGUAUGCCUGUGAACUCACAGUGGACAUGAACACAGUAAACACACACCUCAAACUGUCCGACAACAACAGGACGGUGACACUGGUGACGGAGAAGCAGCCUUAUCCUGAUCAUCCAGAGAGAUUCGAGCACUGGGCUCAGCUGCUGUGCAGAACUGGUCUGACUGGUCGCUGUUACUGGGAGGUGGAGUGGAGAGGAGUUGCGUACAUAUCAGGUAGCAGUGUAUGUGGACUGUCCUGCUGGCACUCUGUCUUUCUACAAAGUCUCUUCUGGUACAUUGAUCCACCUCCACACCAUCAACACCACCUUCACUGAGCCUCUGUAUCCCGGCUGUGGCUUUGGAGUCGACUGGGACGAUCCCUCUGUGUGUUUUUGUUCACUGUAGGAGGUGGAGUCUCCUCCUGUGUAACAGAGGAGGGAUCCGUCUUCUGGGACAGAGACAGGAAAUAAUCAUGCGCACAGAAUACAUACAUAUACAUAUACAUAUAUAUAUAUGGUUUUUUUUAUGCUACUGUUGUAUAGCAAAAAUAAAGCUGUUCAUGUUUGCAUACAGCCAUGAGGACACUAUAUUUUUAUGCCUCUGUGCCAGCGACAGCUAAGGCUGUAGGCGUUAUGUUUUCAGGUUGUUGUCUCGUCCUUGGGAAGGCAGUAUCACAAGGACACCUCUCCCCAAAUUUGGCACAAACGUCAACUUGGACUAAAGCAUGAACUGAUGAAAAAUUAGUGGUCAAAGGCCAAGGUUGUUGUGACCUUGCGUUCGUCUCAUUCUUGUGAACGCAGAAUCUCUAGAAGGCCUUGAGGGAAUUUCCUCAAAUUUGGCACAAACGUCCACUUGUGGUCAAACAUCUCAGAACAUCACAGAACAUUUUUGGCCACAACUCAAGAAUUCAUGUGACAAAUCUAAAAGCGACAUUUUAUAUCCAAAAGGUCAAAGGUCAACUUCACUGUGACGACAUCAUGUUUUCUGUCCAUCAUGAAUUACUAUAACUCCGGACCGGACGGUGAUGUAGGUGCAUUUUAUAAACAUUUAAAGAUCUAGUCACACUGAAGUGUAUGUUGUGCUCAAAGUUGUCACAGUGAAAUUUAAGGUGUGCUGAUGGAUUCACGUCAUCAACUCAUGCAUUGAGUAACAUUACAAGUUAACGUUCCACCUUAAAAGUUGCCGGCAGUCGGCCCAGUGAAUGAAGUUAUUUUUUUCUCUUUCAUUUUAUAGUUGUAGUUUACUGAUGUAUGAACAGAGGUUACAUAAAACCAGAGUGAGCGUCCUCUACUGACCAAUCAGACUGCAGGGUUUCUAGCUCCACCUUUUAGUACCAGAUCUGUGUGCUAGGUACCCCAACAGAGGGGGGACCAAACAUGGGGACGCUAAGGAACGCUUCUGUUGGUACCAUCCACAACUUUCACUGUGGAAAUGGAGACAUAACUGUUCUAAUGUGAACCGAACUGAACUGAACACCAUUUCUGUUGAAGCACAGUAUUUGGUUUUUCUGUGUAAAAAAGAAACAGCAGUCAGAGUCAGACAAAUAAAAUGAGCAUCUUCCAAAGUUCAGUCAUUUAACACACUGAGGAAACUUUGUACUAAAAACACUCUGUCUUGUUCCCCAUGUGAUUUGUCUCAGACUGCUGAAGCCUCAUAUCCACUUCACCUGAACUUUCAAAGUUAUUUCUGUAUUUUAAAUCUUGUUUUUAUAACUCGUGUCACUUAAUUUUACUGCAAGCAGACCUUUUGCCAUCUAAGUAAUUUAAAAGGUGAUAUAAUUAAAAAUAAAAACUCUC